GUCAACGAGCGGAAGAGAUGAACGAAGAGGGACAAUUCAAGAACUGAGCAGCAAAACUUAAAAGCCAGAAACAAUUUUGCUAUUUAAUUAUUUAAUUAAUUUAUACCAAGGCGGUUUACACUGUCUGGUAGGUUUAAAAUUGUUUCAUUAAAUACCGGCAGGCUACAGAAACCAGCACAGGCCGAGUUGACCGUAGUUAACGGUAAAUAGCAUUGGAACCGAGCUAGCGCGUUAGCCUAGUGGUUUGUCAGUAUGUUUCUCUGUUGAUCAGUUUAAUAUCGUCUGAAGCUUUAAUUAAACCGAGAGUCAUGGUGAAAGAGCGGGUUCAGAAGAAGUCCUUCCAGCAGAGUCUGGAGGACAUAAAGGAGAAGAUGAAGGAGAAGAGGAACAAACGGCUGGCCAGCGCCUCAGCUCCGAGCAGAGGACGGUCCAGGAGGAUCAACAACAGCAGUGUGGCUAACUCGACCCACAUCACCCUGAAAGGAGUCCAGCUGAACAACAAAGCUUUGGCUGUAGCCUUGCAGGCUGAAAAGGAGAAAGUGAGGCAGGCGAAUGUGGUGAUCCUGCAGCUGAAAAGGGAACAACAAGCCCUGUUCCUUCACCUGCUGCUGCUUAAGAGGAAGCUCAAAGAUAGGGAGGCUCAAGCAGAGAGCUCUGCAGAGACAAAAAAUCCAAACAUCCUGGACAAACCCCAACAAAACAAGGAUUUGGAAAGGAGACAGCAUACCAGCCCGAAGCUUGACGAGCCUGUUGUCUGUUGCGUCUCACCGAUUACUAUAGAACCUCGGCCUUCUGAAAAGAACAUGCAGUCUGAAUGUGACAGGCCGGUGACGUUGCCGUCUACAGUGGGUGUGAGGCGGCGCCAUGUGGAUAGACAAAGCAGGAGAAGGUCUGAGCGUGUGAGAGAGAGGAGGUCGAUGAGUGAGAGUGAUGCUAUCUCUGGCUUGGAUGCUUUAAUAGCAAGUCCUAUUCGCUGUGACGAUGACAAGCCCAUCCCGCCACAGCAAGCAGCACAACCAGACUGCAUAGAGCCUGCUGAGACUGAAGAGUUUCAGCAUUCGACUCCAGAACCUGAGCCAAAAAAGAGCAACCAGCAGAGACCUGGGAGGAAGCAGGCCCAGCAGCAGCAACAGACCCGCAUCAUACCAGAAACUGCUCCACGGAAACCAGAGAGAGGACGCAAACCAGACCGCGCUCCGUUAAAGAAACCCUGGGAGAAUCCCAAACCUCGAGCUCGCUCUAAGAGCAGGGACCGGUCUGCAACCCGGGCUAAGACGGCCCCUCCCUCUCAGGGUAGCAAGCUCAACACCUCACUGGGAUUUAACGACACAUUUGAUUUUGACUGUGAAGAGACAGUUCAUGUCACACCGUUCAGGGCGAAGGCAGAGGAGAAUCCGCCGGCUACACCCAUCAGUGAAGAGUCCUCACACCAAGGACAAGCUCCAACUGAAGCUUCGGCUUCCAAACAGAGUGAGUCCAGCUCAUCAUCACCGUCCUCUGAAUCAGAGGACAGUCUUUAUGUCCCACAGAAAUCCAGACGGAGACAGAUGUCACCUGAAAAGACCAAAGUGGUCACUACUCGUAGAGGCCGGCCCUCUAAGGUCUUCAGACAGAUAGAAAACAUCCCUCUGAAACAGGAGGUCUCUGUGUUUAGAGAUGAGGAAAUGAGCCCUAAGACUGGAAAGCCUCAGAAGGAAGACGCUAACCUCCAGCCUUCUCCUGACUCCAGUUUCUCAAACAGUCCUGACCCUGAAAGGUUGGGACAGGAAAAUCCUCCAGAGUCUCUUGGAGGGGUUGCUGGGGAGGAUUGUUUGCUUCCUGUCAGCCCUCUGGUGGAGGCUGAGAUGAUGAGAAUCGACAAUGUCCUGUCAAAUUUUGGAGAUUCCUCCUGUGAAGCUCCUCCUCCUCACCAAACACCCCAGAGGAUCAGGCCAGGCAAGAAACGUGGGCUUGGUGUGAGGACUGGAGGGCGGGGCUUGAGUCUAUGUGAUGUGACCAAUCUGUCCCCUGCAGCCUAUCGUAAAUUCUCCUGCGGUGGUUCCCGCCCCUCAGAUGCACGGUGCUCUACCCCCGUUGUUGCUCGUAAGCGGCGCUGCACCAUGGUGGUGGACUACAAAGAACCCUCGCUGAACGCCAAACUUCGGCGUGGAGACAAACACACAGACCUGCAGUUCCUCAGCUCUCCCAUUUUCAAGCAGAAGUCCAGUAGGAAGUCUAUGCAGAAAUCACGGAAAUCUGUGAGCAGCAAGCAGCCAUUUCAGAAAUAUAAUGAGUCGUUUGUAGGCUGUCGCUGAAAGCAGAGAUCUCUUCCUCUCUGAACGGGUCAUUGUCAGUUUGAGUCUAAUUCAUGUGCUGGAACAGUAUUUUUUUUUUUUUCUUAAACACGAUGUUUUUCUUCAUGAUGAGCAGCUGUGAGGAGUUUCAGACUUAAAAAAAUGGUUUUAGGACUUUAUUUCUAUGUUUUUUGCAGGGCAUUAGAAUUAAAUCUACCAUUUAUUUCCAUUUUUAAAUGUAGUAAUAGCCGUUCACUGGAAGCCAUAUUUUGUGUCUGUCUUUUUCUUUUAAUUCUGUUUUUAUUAUGAGAUCCUAAAUAUGCUUAUAUGAAUUAUCAUCUAGUAAUUUCCCAUUAUUCAUCUUCUUGUAUCCUGUCUGCUGCUGUGUGAUUUGACAAUAAAUAUAAUUUCUUCAUUUA